AUGCUAAUCGCAGAAAACAGUUUGAAACUUGUGGAAGAAACAAAAGCUUCACUGCAGCAAGCCUUCAAAAUGAAGGACUUGGGAGAGCUAAAAUAUUUUUUUGGCAUUGAAUUUGCCAGGUCUAAGCAAGGGAUCACAAUGCAUCAGAGAAAGUAUGCAAUGGAACUCAUUCCAGAAGUUGGCCUAACAGCUGCUAAACCUGCAUUGAUUCCCAUUGAUAUUUCUAUGAAGCUUACUUCUAAACAGUAUAAUGAUCAUCUUGGAAAGAAUACAAAAAUAGAAGAAAAUGCUCUGACAGAUCAAACAACCUAUCAAAGACUUAUAGGAAAGUUAUUAUAUUUAACAGUAACAAGGCCAGACAUUGCCUUUGGAUUUCAUACAUUGAGUCAAUUUCUUCAGCGACCAAAGAAAUCUCAUAUGGAAGCAGCCUUAAGAAUUGUUAGAUAUGUAAAAAAUCAACCAGGGCAAGGCAUUUUCUUAUCCAGUAAUUACAGCAACAACAUCACUACAUAUUGUGAUGCAAACUGGGCAGCCUGCACUCACAAGGAAAUUUGUUACUGGUUUCUUAAUUAA